GCAUGCACAAGAGUCAGCGUAGGGAUCAAGUCUCAACACACACUCAUAUUCACUCAGUUGCUCUGAGUCUCUGUGUCAUUCAUAUCUCUCUCCUUAAAACACACACACACACGCUCGACUCUGAAGUCCUGGUGUGAGGAGGCUGGUGGUGCAGGAGGGAAGCAGGAGGAAAAAAGAAAUCACUGGAAGUUUGUCUGUUUUUGAACUUUGAACUCGGACGCGAGGACGUUUUCUUGUCAGCAGGUGGAUACAAACUUUCCCCUCAGACUUAAGCAGAAGGAAUUAGCUUUUCUUUCUUUUUCUUUUUUCUUUUUGAUUUGCUCCUGGACUUUUGGACUUGGCCUGGGUUAGAGCGCAGUGAGAGGAAGGAGAUGGGGAGAUGGACGUUACAUCUCUCGGUGGGACUUGGGCUUCUGGCCGUCCUGUUGACAUCCUGUUACGCCGAAGAGAACUACUGCUUUGCUGCCAGGACUAAGACCUGCUCCGAGUGCCUGCAGGCUGGGGAAGGCUGUGCCUACUGUCCCGAUGAGACCUUUAAUGGUCCUCGCUGUGACCUGCGUGUCAAUAUACUCGCCCAUGGCUGCAUGGCUGGAUCUGUGAUCACCAUUCAAAGCAGUGUGAAGACCAUGAAGGCUCAAAUGAUCAACACAGCGCUUCAGCAGUCUCAGGUGUCACCACAGAUGAUGGCCAUGAGCUUCCUGCCAGGAGAGGAGAAGAUGGUGGACGUGGAAGUGUUUGCUCCAACUAAAGGUCCUCUGGAUCUCUAUAUUCUUAUGGACUUCUCCAACUCCAUGGCUGACGAUUUGGACAACUUGAAGAAGAUGGGCAACCAGCUUGCUUCGGUGGUGGGAACGCUGUCUGAUAACUUCACCAUCGGCUUUGGCAAGUUUGUGGACAAAGUGAUUGAGCCGCAGACUGACAUGAGACCCUCGAAACUCAAAACGCCGUGGCCCAACAGCGAUCCUCCGUUCUCGUUCCAAAAUGUCAUCAAGCUGACGGGCAACGUGAAGGAGUUCACCAAUAAGCUGCAGAAGGAGAGGAUCUCUGGAAACCUGGAUGCUCCUGAAGGCGGGUUUGAUGCCAUAUUGCAGGCUGCGGUGUGCGGGGAGCAGAUCGGUUGGCGGAAGGACAGCACGCACCUCCUGGUUUUCUCCACUGAGUCAGCCUUCCACUACGAGGCUGACGGCGUCAACGUGCUGGCCGGCAUCCUCAAACGCAACGACAAGGCCUGCCAUCUGGACAUAGAAGGCAAAUACACAGAGGAUAAAAAUCAGGACUACCCUUCCAUACCCACACUGGUUGAUAUUCUGGGCAAACACAACAUCAUCCCCAUCUUUGCUGUCACCGACCACUCUUACACGUACUACCAGAAACUUAAAGAGUAUUUCCCCAUUGCUGAGGUCGGCCAGCUGCAAGAGGACUCAUCCAACAUCCUGCAGGUCAUGUCGAAAGCCUUCGAGAGUAUUCGUUCUAAGAUGAGCAUCCGUGCAGUGGACAGACCCAAGGCAUUUGAGGCUGAGUUCUUGUCCACCAGCGGAGUAGUUGCAGAGCAUAAUACUUUUGAUUUCAAGCCAGGAGCAAUAGGCAACUUCAGGAUGCGUCUCAAAGCCCAGAGGAUGAUCGACGGGACGCCCGUGUGUCAGAUGGGUGUGGAUGAAAAACAAGGGAUGAUGAAAGUAAAGCCCACGACUUUUAGCACCGCCCUUAACGUGGACGCCUCGGUUUUGUGUCCAACCUGCGAAUGUGAGAAGUUUGCAUCUAUUAAAUCACCCAGAUGCCAUGGCAACGGAGACCUGGUUUGUGGGAAGUGUCGCUGUUACGAUGGAUGGCUGAGUACAUUCUGUAACUGCUCUGCGGGCAGCUCGGCUCUGGACACCAGCCAAUGCCUAGGCCCGGACAUGAAGGAGCCCUGCUCAGGCCGCGGAGACUGCCUCGAGUGUGGGACGUGCAUGUGCCACAACCCGGAGCAGUUUGAAGGGCCCUACUGUCAGUACGACAGGACCAACUGUCAAAGAUUUGGAGGCUUCCUCUGCAACGAACGCGGCUCUUGCAUUAUGGGUCGCUGUGCGUGUAUAGAAGGCUGGGAGGGAAAAGCCUGCGAGUGUCCCAAGAGCAAUGAGACCUGCCUGGAUGACAAGGGGGGUAUCUGCAACGACCGAGGUCUGUGUGAAUGCGGCCGCUGCAAGUGUCAUAACCUUGACAUCGACACGAGUGCAACUUGUGAGCCCAACUUUGAGGCCCAGCUGGGCACGUGCGAGGCUACGAGAGAAUGCGUGCAGUGUCGAGCCUGGAAGACGGGGAAGAAAACUGAGGAUGAGUGCGCUAAGUGCCCCUUCAAAAUUGUCAUGGUGGACGAACUCAAAGACCGGGAGUUGGUGCGUGACUCGUGCAGUUUCCGCGACGAGGACAACGACUGUACGUACUACUACACUGCUGAAAACCCCAAAGAUCCGAAGGAAGGAAUCUUGGAGCUUCAGGUGCUGGAAAAGAGAGAUUGUCCCCCUGCCAGCCUCCUGUGGUUGCUCCCUCUCCUCCUGUUCCUGUUGUUGCUGCUCGCACUUCUGCUGCUCUGCUGCUGGAAAUACUGCGCGUGCUGUAAAACCUGCUGUCAGAGCUGCCUUGCCCUGCUGCCCUGCUGUCGUAGAGGUCGCAUGGUCGGCUUCAAGGAGGAUGAGUAUUUGCUUCGUCAGUCUCUGCUCACCUCGGACCACCUGGACACACCCAUGGUGAGGACCGGCCCACCGAAAGGAACGGAUGUGGUUCGCUGGAAGAUCACAGAUAAUGUUCACCGAGGACCAAAUCACCCCCAGAAUCUGAUAAAGCCUAAUCCUAAAGAAAGCAUCCAGUACCCAGUCUCCAUGCGGCUGAACAGGUUGUUCUCUGAGAACUUGUCUCGCCCGGAAUCCAGAGACGCAGAGCAACUCCGCAAGGAAGUGGCUGAUAACCUCAAUGAGGUUUACAAACAGAUCCCCGGAGCGCAGAAAGUGCAAAAGACAGCUUUCAGAUUGCAGAGAAAUGCUGGAAAAAGGCAGGACUACACCAUCAUGGACACCGUCCUGUCUGCUCCUCGCAGCAGUUAUCCUGACAUCGUCAAACUCACAGAGAAGAACGUCCAGUCCGGACACUUCCAGGACCUCAAAGUGGUGCCUGGCUACUACACAGUGGCCACAGACAGAGAGGCCGCGGGAGCCAUUGAGUUCCAGGAAAAUGUGGAGUCCGUGGACGUUCACGUGCCGCUCUUCGUCAAAGACGAAGACGACGACAAGAAGCAGCUGCUGGUGGAGGCCGUGGACGUGCCGCUGGGCAUCGCCGAGAUUGGAAAACGCCUGGUCAACAUCACCAUCAUCAAAGAGCAUGCCACCAGUGUGUUCUCGUUCCUCCAGCCGGCGUACACCUACAGCCGCCAGGAUGGAGUGGCCAACAUUCCCAUCAGCAGAGAGAUCAUCGAGGACGGACGCACACAGGUCACGUACCGCUCACGCGACCUCACAGCCAAGGACAAAAAGGACUAUAUCACUGUGGAAGGAGACCUGACUUAUGGUCCUGGUGAGACCCAGAAGUUAGUUCCUGUUCGGCUGCUGGAGCUGAGUGAGAAAGAUGGCCUCCUGGAAGACAAACAGGUCAAGCAGUUCGUCAUGGACCUCAGUAAUCCACGACAGGGUGCCAAACUGGGACGCUAUCCCAGGACGACUGUCACUAUUGCAGACCAACCAGAUCCCAGUGUGCUGAUGUUCAAAAAGGCCACGCAGAACUUCAGCACCUCUGACCCGAACUACAUCAUCCCCGUGGUUCGUACUCGAAACCCAGACAGCCCUGCUACGGUGAAAUGGCGAACGAGGAAGGCGCAGCGCUUUGACAUCUCCGGCCCUCUGAAGUUCGGUCCUGGAGAAACAGAGAAGAACAUAGUGAUCGACCCCAAAGCCUAUCCUGGCCCGAUCCAUCCCGAGACCUUCCAAGUGGAGCUGUUUGAGCCCAGCGGUAACGCCUCUAUUGGAGAGAGGAAGACUACCAUCAUCAACGUCACAGACGGAGCUCCCAAAUCUCCUGAGAUUUCCCAGCUUCAGAACAAGGGCUUCGUCGCCCCGAAGGCCAGCACACCUGGUGGUCUCCUGCUCGCUCCAGGGAACCCUAAAGCUAGAGCAACUGGACCCAGAAACAUCCGUCUCAACUGGGAGCCACCACCUGGUAACCCCUUAGGAUAUAAGGUUAAGUACUGGAUCUAUGGUGACCCAGAGAAAGAGGCUACGGUCUUGGAUGUGAAGACGCCUCAAGCCGAGUUGACGGACCUGUAUCCGUACUGCGACUACGAGAUGCGAGUGUGCGCCUACAAUGCAAUGGGAGACGGUUACAACACUGACAUGAUCCCCUGUCAGACCCUGGAGGAUGCGCCUGGUGAACCUGGGCGUUUAGCCUUCAACGUCAUCAGCCCGACUGUCACUCAGGUCAGCUGGGCCGAGCCGGCCGAGACGAACGGCAACAUCACAGCCUACGAAGUCAUCUACACGCCCAUCAGUGACGAUAUGAAGCCAGUAGGCGCCGCCAAGAAAGUAAAGAUUGACAACCCCAAGAAACGAAUGCUGUUGAUUGAGAACCUGCAGAACGGUCAGACCUACCAGUACAAGGUCCGUGCCAAGAACAACGUGGGCUGGGGCCCCUUCAAAGACGCCACCAUCAACCUGGCGUCGCAGCCUACCAGACCGCUGUCCAUUCCCAUCAUUCCUGACAUCCCUAUAGUGGAUGCAGAGGCGGGAGAUGAGUACGACAGCUUCCUGAUGUACAGUAAUGAGGUGCUGAAAUCUCCCAGUGGCUCCAAGACACCCAGCGUCUCUGGUGAUGGCUGGAAUUAUGUCAAGUUGGUGGGGUCCAACCUAGAUCUCCGUAAGGUGUCGUGGAAAAGGCCGGUGGACGUCAUCGCCAGUCGUCUCAGCACAGACACAGAGACGAGUACAGACGAGGCCCCCUACCACAGCUACGCCCAAACACACCAGCCAGAUUUCAUGAUGAACGGGAAGUGGGAGCAGAACUUCCUUUUCCCCGGUGGAUCGGCGACGCGCAACCUGUCCGCGUCCUCCUCUCCCAUGUCCACCCUGAGCUCCAACUACAGAGGAGCCGGCGGCAGCUCCUUCACCACAGAAACGACCACCACCUACUUGCCCGGACCAGGCGGCACUCGCAUGAUUGGAGGUGGAGUACAAACAACGGACGUGAUCAUGAGGAAGCGCUCGGAGAACCGGGGUUACACCGACGAAAACAUCCGCGACUCCAUCGUCAUGGGAGAUUUGCAGAGCAAGUUCCCAGAUCUGGGUGGGUUCGGCUACGCUGGGAUGCAGAGCAACUCUCAGAGCCAAUUCAGCUACAGCCUGUCUCAGGGUUCCAGGGCCAGGACCCCGUCAGAUGUCCACGAAGCCUUAUAUAAUCUGGACAGGGUGCUUCAUGAUGCCCGACUCUCUCCCGGUGUCCCCGACACCCCCAGCAGACUGGUCUUCUCUGCUCUGGGUCCCACUGCACUCAAAGUCAGCUGGCAGGAGCCGCACUGUGAGAAAGACAUUUCUGGCUACUGUGUCCUCUAUCAGCUGCUCAACGGAGGUGACAUGAAGCGCAUCAAUAUAACAAACCCGGCGGAGAACUCUGUGAUCAUCCAGGACCUGCUGCCCAACCACUCCUAUCUAUUUAAGGUGAAGGCUCAGAGCCAGGAGGGCUGGGGUCCAGAGAGAGAGGGAGUCAUCACCAUUGAGUCUGCCGUCGACCCCAAGAGUCCCCUCAGUCCGAUGCCAGGUUCACCGUUUACUCUGAGCACACCCAGCGCUCCAGGCCCCCUGGUCUUCACCGCUUUAAGCCCCGACUCGCUGCAGCUCAGCUGGGAGAAGCCGCGCAAACCCAACGGAGACAUCCUGGGCUAUGUGGUCACCUGCGAGCAGCUGCACGGUGGAGGCGACGUGCGUUCCUUCCAGGUGAGCGGCGACAGCUCCGAGACCAGCCUCACUGUCCCCAACCUGACGGAGAAUGUGCCCUACAAGUUCAAAGUUCAGGCUCGCACCACACAGGGCUUCGGCCCAGAGAGGGAGGGCAUCAUCACCAUCGAGUCUCAGGAUGGAGGUGCAUUGUCUCAGUACAACAACCAGUCCAUGACCAGAAGAGAAGUUUUCCACAUGCCAACAGACAUCAGCACGCGGACCAACGUCUCCCACACCAUGCUCAACGACCCUUUCUACUCAGAGGGGAUGAUGAUGACCACGCAGCACACGGAGACCAGCGGCAUGGUGACACGCCAAAUCACCAAGGAAGUGGUUCAGAGGGAGGUCCUCGGAGGAACCACCGUCACGAAGAAGAUGUUUUACGAGUCAUAAGAUGCAGUCAUUUCAUCACCCGAACAAACGUCCACGGUGUCGUGAUGAAGAGAUUCUCUCUCUCACACACACACACACACACACACACACACACAGUCGGUGUUUAUUAUUUUUAUACGCGUGGGCGUGUGUGAGAAUCCGCCACCGAAACAAAAAUACAUCAUGCGACGCUGUAAAUAAGACGAGAGGAGGUUGUUUUUCCCACGUCUGUUACAAACUGGCAUCCACAGACGUGACAUCAAGUUUUUCUCUUUCCCGUUUUUUUAAUUUUGUGUUAGACUUCAGUCGCUCUGUUGGUUUAGAUCUGGUAACACACACACACACACACACUGGGGCUUUGAAUCGGCCAGCACAGGUCAGUAAUCUGACUGUGGCUCAAUAAUCCAAAGUGACCUUUCUGCGUUUUGAUUAUUUCGGGUUAAACUCAAUCCAAGUUUCAGGCCGUGUUCUGUGAGAGAGACUUUCUGUCGUUGCUUUGUUUUAGUUUUCUAAAGCGAGUUAAACGCUCUGUUUUCAUCCACACGUCGUCCCGUCCUAAGCAACACAGAGCAGUGAGGUGACGUAUUUGUUCAUAUUUGUUUAUAUUAAGUGUGAUUAAGCUUUCUCCAAGUGUAUUUAAUUCUUUUUUUAUAUAUAAAAUUUAAACCAAAUAUAGAGAUAUAUUCCUGCAAACACACUUGUUGGGGGGGCUCGACUAUGAUCUGAAAGCUCUAGAAUGGAAGAUGGUUUGUACUCAACACCGCUUCAAGCUGAUGUGUCCUUUUUACGCUGCAUGGCCUUCGUAUUUUACAUUUCUGGGUAGAUUUAACACUUCAACGAGAUCUCGAUGUUUUAGAGGAAUGGUGUGUGGACAGACAGAAAGAUUGUGUUUGUAUUGAAUGCAUGACCAACUGUGUUCUGGGCUUAUAGUUUGUGUUGAAAAUGCUUUUUGUAAGUGAAACGUGUCGAGAGGAUUUUCUUUUUUUAAGGAAAUAAAGUUACAGAUGGAUCAACUUUUUCACCAAAACCAGAAAAUAUUUUCAAACUUAAAAGCACCAGUGUGAUGGAUCUAGUGGCAUCUAGGGCUCAAUCUAAGGAGAUCAAAACACAAAGGAUCAAUUUCUGUAAUAGAUGCCUCUAAAUUCAACUCACUGGAUCAUUUACUGGUUUGUCUUUUAUGUUCUGUUGCACUUAAAAGACCUGAAAUUAAAUCACUUCUGUCAAAUACGAA